AUGCAGUCCAUACCAGCUGCAUCUGGUGACCCUUCUAUAGGUGGCAGCCUGGUGGGCUUGGAGUUCUCAAAGCUGCAGAAACCUCAGACCAUGAACCCAAGGCUGAAGCCUCAGCGCAGCUCCCAGUGCCUUCUGUCCACAUAUCCAAUGCCAGCAAAGAGUUUCCCUUCAGAGUCUGGCUUGGAGCCCUGGAAGGAAGCCCUGGCACCUUAAGGCAGCUACAGCAGUAGCAGCAACAGUGGAGACUGGAGCUAGGACCCGACCAGCAGCCAGUCUUCUCCAUCCACUCCGUCACCCCUGCUGCCCUCUGAAGCAGCCCACUUUCUGUUUGGGGAGGCUACCCUGAGAAAAAGGAAGAGCGCUAUUGGGGUCACGUUCCAGUGUCUGUGGAAGAGCUGUGAGGAGGUGCUAUGCGUAGUGUCUGGGAUGCAGAGACAUACCUCUCUCAUCUCUGUUCCUUGCAGGAGGUAGGCAGAGCCAGAGCAGAGCGAUGGCAAGGAGGACUUCGACAACACGGAGCUUGAUCCUGGUAUGGACAUGCUGCCUAAUGUGUUUAGCCUGACUCCAGUGUCUCCUAUAGUCUCCAUGCCACUCGCCUUUCAUGUGGAGCCCCCAGCUCUUCCCAGUCUAUUACAGCCCUUAGCUUUGUCUCCACCUCCCAAGCUCAGCUGUCCAGCUGUUCCACAGGCGUGCCACAGUGACCAUGCCUACCAGCCAAGUGAGGCCACAGAGAAAUUGGGGUCAAGUCUCAGAGCACUCUGGAGAGAAACAGUUCAGGGGUUGUGGCUCAUUCCAUAUUGGAGGGGCUGGGUGUGUACUAGGAAGCCCCGGGUUGAUGCCAGAAGGUACCGGGAAGUGUAUGGCAUGGACUUGUGGUGCUCAGCUUGUGGCUGGAAGAAAGCCUGCUAGCAGUUCCUGGACUGAGCCAGUCUGUGAUGCUACCGCCUGGCCUCUUUCUCACUCCUAGCCUGACCCUGCAGCAAACCUGUGGUGGGGUGACUCCUGGAGGGGAGGAAUGACUGCAUACUCAAAGCGCCUUGAAACUGCUUGUUGUCCUUUGGCUGCAGGGGCAGUUUGCCUCCCUGUCUGUCACUUACCUACUUGUCGAAGAUGUUGAUGGACCCUGUAAAGCCUGUUUAAGAUGCACUUUGAGAGGUAUGGGGAGGAGUCUCGUGCCCACACGUAAGGUGGUGGUUGCAGGACCUUGAGACUGACGUUCACCAUGAUAAUGAAGCUCAGGUGUCUUGUGCCUUGGCCAUAGGAGUUGAGGAGAAAAAUUAAAAAUUGUGGAGAUUGUUUGUUUGUUUAUUUUUCCAGAAACCAAGGUUACCUCCCCCGGGGAAAGAAAUGGAACUAGGAGGGAAGCAGAAAGUGAAUGAUAAUCAAAGAGCAGGCAGCUGUCCCCCUCCAUCCAGCAGCAGAUCCAAGGAAGGUACUAUAUUCAAACCACACAGGAGGCAUCUGCAUGGAGCAGCAGUUUCCCAUUUUAUUUAAAGUGACUGUUUUGCAAGAAUGUCUACACUAAAUCCCAUCACAGAAAGGAAACCCACAGGCAACCUGGAGCACACCUAGGCAGACAAAUGGCAAGAACCACUAGAGAAGGUAACCCUUACCUGUCUGUGGCUAUCGAGAGAGAGCAGGACAACAGAGCAGUGAACCCCACCACUGAUUAUGACAAACCUCCCACAAAUAUUGAACACAUCUUCAGUACAAACACAGUUUAUAAUAAUUAAUAUAAAGUCAAUAUAAUAUAGAUUAUCCCCAGAAAAAAAAUCAGCAAUCUUCAAACAC